AUAACUAAUGUAGGAUCCAUUCAGGUGUUGAUUUACUGCGAACGAUUAGUAACAGAUCAAAAUUUUUAGCAUAUAGUUAAUAUUAAACAUAGAGAGAGUGACAGAAAUGAAAAAUAGGAUUGAAUUUCAAUAAAAACUAAUCGUUGUGUGAUAUUGAAAAUGUCUUUUAACGGACUAACUCAAGCAGUUAAAGAAGAGCCUCUAGAGGCAGAACUAAACCAACCCGAGUUGAGCAAAAUUGAAAUUAAAGAUGACAUUGAUUGCUUACCUGAUAAUCCAGAUUUUAUAGAAUUAGGUAAUGCUUCGGAUGGAUUUAACAAUCAAGAAUGGAAAGAAGGACGUUUCGACGUUAGAUCGAAUCCAAUUGAGUUAGAUGGAGAAAGUAGUUGUGAAAUGCCUCAAAAUUUAGAAUCAAGUCAAUUGACACAUUUCAUGCUACACGAUUCCGAAGAUAGCACCCAAGAUACAAACCAAACUUAUUCAGAUCAAGAUUGGAGUGAACAUAACAACGGAAUAUACAGUUGUAAAAUUUGUAAAAUACAAUUUGUGGAAGAAUUGUUUUUGGAACAGCAUUUCAAAUCUAGAAGAUUAGGCGAUAAAAGAUACAAAUGUUGCGGUUGUGAUAAAAUUUUCAGAGACAAUACGCAAUUAAAUGUUCACUCAAGAAAACAUACGGGAGAAAAACCUUACGCUUGUACAGUUUGCGGUAAAAAAUUUUCCGUUAAUGGAAACUUGAGUAAACAUAUGAGGAUACAUACGGGGGAAAGAAGGUUCGAAUGCUUUACGUGCGAAAGAAAAUUUACACAGUUCGCACAUUUAGAGGAUCAUAUUAAAACACACUCGGGGGAACGCCCGUACGUAUGUGAUUUCUGUAACAGUGCCUUCAAAACAAAGGCCAGACUGAGGAAACAUAAAAAAUCCCACGAAGAUGAACGCAUAACCAAACGAUCUGUACCUUGUCCGAUUUGUAUGAAAGUGAUGAAAAGUACAAAACAGUUAUUAACGCAUAUGGAAACUCACGACGAAGGAGAGCAUAAUCCUUUUCCAUGCGAAACUUGCGGGAAGACUUACAAGAAUUUAUUUUCUCUCAAUAUACACCAGAAAAUUCACGGUAAUGUCAGGGAUUUUCAAUGUACUCUUUGUGAAAAAGCCUUUACGAAUGCUAGUCAUUUAAGAAGACAUUCAAAUUCACAUUCAGGAGUCCGUCCGUUUGUAUGUAAUAUAUGUCUGAGGGGUUUUCCUUCGGCGCAGAAUUUGAAGAGGCACUUGUUGACACAUACCGGGGAGAAACCGUACACUUGCGAAGAGUGUAAUAGAGGAUUUUUGACGUUGGAAAAUCUCAAUAGACAUAAAAGGACGCAUACUGGGGAAAAACCGUUCCCCUGUAGUAUCUGUGGAAAAUGUUUUGCUCACAGCACCACUGCCAAAGAACACAUGAGGAUACAUUCAGGAGACAAACCUUUCGCGUGCACCUUCUGCGAUAGGAAAUUCGCUCUAAACAAAGCAUUGUUCAAACACAUCCGCCAAAGACAUCCCGAUUUUUUCGACGAAUUCAAACGACAGAACGAUGUACCACCCAACGUACGAAAAGCCAGAGAAAAACUAAAAAGAGAAACGAUGUCUAUAGAAGAAAUCGACAUAAAACAGAAGAUAAACGCUAGCGUAUCACAACCAACACCCGAUGUUGCAGUCAAAAUCAAAACCGAACCAGAAGAUAGUGAAACAGUGAAACCGGAAUCGUCCGGAGAGGACAUUAGACCAUUUAUGGAAACUCUCAAUUUAAAACCUAUCAAAGUUAAGGACGAAAUUGAAAAUAAUGUGAUAGAAGGAUCUGGUUCGAUAUUUAUCAAACAGGAAUAUGACAGCUAACGUUAACUUUGUCUCUAUUAGGUAUGUUACAUAUUUUUUUUCAUUGUUUAACUGGGUAUAUGAAUUAUUGUUGAUUGUUUACAGGUUAUGUUAUUUAACUUUUUUUAAUUCUUUAUUAAUUUUUUUAAGAGAUACACUGUGACGCUACAAUUAUAUAUAAGCUCCCCAAACCGAAUUAUGCUUAAAAUUAUACUUUCUGGUCCUUCCAGCCGGUUACAGAAGGAUCGAAGGACCAGAACGUGAAAUAUACGAUUAUUGUUAUUAUAAUUGUUAAUGUCACGGUAAAUUAAUUUCUGCUGUUUGUUAUUGAAUGUUUUCUAAAAGAUAUAUAUUUAUUAUAACGUUACCAUAACCUCUUUUUAUGAGAAAUUGCUUAUUGAAAACAUUGGAUAUCGUCAAAUGUGUUGAUAUAAUAAUAAAUUGAUUAAU